AUGGCAGAUUUCAUCCCACUGGGGAGGCUUCAUCUACGCCCACUGCAGUUUUAUCUCAAGUGCUUUUUCAAAACCCAUCAAGAUCACAUAGAAAAAGUGGUGCCGCUGCAGCCAAUAUUUUUCCAGUAUCUUCUGUGGUGGGAGUCCGAGGACAAUCUGAUGGCCGGAGAUCCGUUGCAUCCUCCCGAACCAGUCGUGACCCUUAUUACCGAUGCCAGUCUAUCGGGUUGGGGUGCCCACUUAGGCACUCAGACGGUGUCCAGUCAGUGGUCAGAGCAGGAAGCCAGCCUUCACAUCAAUCUCCUGGAGCUGAAGGCGGUCCUGUUAGCAAUCAAGGCUUUGUUGAAUCAGAUUCGAGGCAAAUGCAUCAGAAUUCUGUCGGACAACACCACUGUGGUGUCCUACAUUCGUCGACAAGGGGGCACCCAGUCGUUGAGUCUCUACCUGCUCACCAGGGAGCUUUUUCUAUUCUGUCAGGAACAGGGGAUCUUUCUCAGAGUGGCCUUUAUACCAGGCAAGAGAAACGUUCUGGCCGACAGUCUCAGUUGA